AAUUGGCACAGAAGAUUAUAAAAUAGUAAAAUUAAUUGAGAUGAAUACAAAUUUGUGUUUUUAAGGGUGAGGGCGAGAGAGUGUGAGGAGUAAGGAGGAGAUGGAGGACAUUGAGGAUCUGCUGGUUGGAAGCAGUGGAGUUCCACCGGGCUUUCGCUUGCCAGUGGCGGCGGCUGUUGGCGUUGGCGUUGGGAAGAAGAGGAAUCAACGGUCUUCUUCAUCAUAUUCCCCUUCUAUCCCUAUCCCUGGCACUCAGACCAUCUACAUGAAGACCUUUGGUUGCUCCCAUAACCAGAGUGACAGUGAAUAUAUGGGCGGUCAGCUUUCAGCUUUUGGUUAUUCAUUGACUGACAAUCCUGAAGAAGCUCAUCUAUGGCUCAUUAACACUUGCACAGUGAAAUCCCCGAGUCAAUCUGCCAUGGAUACCAUAAUUGCAAAAGGAAAGUCUUCAAAUAAACCACUAGUUGUUGCUGGCUGCGUCCCUCAAGGAAGUCGAGAUUUGAAAGAGCUUGAAGGGAUCAGCAUAGUUGGAGUCCAGCAAAUUGAUCGGGUUGUUGAAGUUGUUGAGGAGACUUUAAAAGGUCAUGAAGUCCGCCUCCUGACCCGUAAGACAUUGCCAGCACUUGACCUUCCCAAGGUGAGGAAGAACAAGUUUGUUGAGAUUCUUCCUAUUAAUGUUGGUUGUUUAGGUGCUUGCACUUACUGCAAGACAAAGCAUGCUCGAGGUCACCUUGGGAGUUACACAAUAGAUAGCCUUGUUGGCCGUGUAAAAUCUGUAAUAUCUGAUGGAGUUAAAGAGAUAUGGCUGAGCAGUGAAGACACUGGAGCAUAUGGUCGUGACAUUGGUGUCAAUCUUCCAACUUUAUUGAAUGCCUUAGUAGCAGAACUACCAGCUGAUGCGAGCACAAUGCUGCGUAUUGGAAUGACUAAUCCACCUUUUAUUCUUGAGCACUUGAAAGAGAUAGCAGAGGCUUUGCGGCAUCCAUGCGUGUACUCUUUUUUGCAUGUACCAGUUCAGUCUGGAAGUGAUACUAUUUUGAGUGCAAUGAAUCGGGAAUAUACUGUGAGUGAGUUCAGGACUGUUGUAGAUACCUUAACUGAGCUUGUGCCAGGGAUGCAGAUUGCCACCGAUAUAAUAUGUGGAUUUCCUGGGGAAACUGAUGAAGAUUUUGCACAAACUGUCAACCUUAUUAAAGAGUACAAGCUCCCUCAAGUUCAUAUUUCACAAUUUUAUCCUCGACCAGGGACACCUGCUGCAAGGAUGAAAAAGGUUCCAAGUAAUGUGGUGAAGAGAAGAAGCCGUGAACUGACAAAUGUCUUUGAAGCCUUCACACCAUACUCUGGGAUGGAAGGCAAAGUGGAAAGAAUUUGGAUUACUGAUUUUGCAUCUGAUGGAGUUCAUUUGGUUGGUCAUACGAAGGGAUAUAUACAAGUUCUUGUAAUUGCUCCAGACUAUAUGCUGGGAACUUCAGCUAUGGUUAAGAUAACAUCUUCGGGAAGGUGGUCAGUUUUUGGAGAAGUGAUUAAGACGGUCAACCAUGUAAGUGACAAUAAAGCUUCAAACAAGCAGGUUCCUAAUCAGGAUAUGCCUUCUGUCUGCUAUAACCCAUCCAAGCCUGGUGGAUUCUCAGAAGAGCCAGAAUCUUGUGCUUGUGGAAAUGAUAGCUGUUGUGGUCUGAGUACUCUCGAGAAGAGUGAUAGUUCGAGAGGCACUGCAAUGGCCCAGAAUCAAAACAGUAGAAAUUUCAUUGGAUGGAUACUGAGGAAGCGGAAGCAUCUGCGCAAAAGGGUAGAGAGCGAACUUGCCUCGGGAUCUAUUAAAAAGCAAGAAGCGAGCGUGAGAAAGUGGGACUUUGUUGAUAAGGCUCUUUUGGGUGGAAUAUCUAUCAGCAUCUUGACAAUUAUUACUCUGGCAGUAGCUCUAAUGUUUAGUGGUAUUUGGUCCCAGUAAAAGGUUGUUCGUUUUUAAUUUUUCCCAAGUCAAAUUGUUAUUUCAAAGUUUUGACAUUCAAAUUGGUAAGAUUUUAAAGUGUUUGCCCAUGUAUACUUCUGCAAAAUCUCACCCCACAUCUUUUGCUUUAGGUGUGAUUA